UGCUCAUCAGAACAUUUCUAGCUAUCAUAUUGCGUUGAAUGCCACAUCCAACGUCAGCAUAUAAGAGUUUCAUCUGGUGAUCAAAUCUCAGUUAACAGGGUAAGAAGGUGUUGGUACUUGGGACGACAAGCGAGAUGGAAUUUCUGGAGUCUCUUGGUAUAUGUGAUGCAUUCUCUGUUACAUAUCAUGUUCCAAAAUUGAACAAGGAAGAUGCCAAGAAGGCGAUGGUUCGCAGAUCUGAAUCCAACCAGCUCAGGGCGGCAAUGUCCCUACCAGAGACCAUACGACGUUCUCGUGUUGAAUGGUAGUAUUUUGGUUCAGCCACAACUGAGAGGUGAAAGGUGCUGCGACGAAGACGAGCAACAUGCUAAGUUUAGUCCACCCUCCAGGAUUCGAGAUCUUUUUGCGACGAAGACGAGCAAACGAGACGAGAGAAAUUUACGUAACAUACUUUGUCCGCCUGUAGCUGGCGGCAAUAGAACAAACAAGGCGAGACAAAAAAAGAAAAAGAAAGCAAUCAUACGACUUUGGUGCGAAUCUUCAGAUCCGUCCUGCCUCGAGUUCUUGCUGAUGUCGUCAUCAAGUUUAGGAGGAACACACACAAUAAAACCAUAUGGGUAGAUGGCAUCAGAGAACCAAUACACCUUGGCUUUUGUCCCCAGAGAACACAACGGAAAAUCACUCAAAUAUAAAUAAAUUUGAUACAAGGAAAAAAAAAAGUAAAUACGAAGCAAAAAAGGAUAAAUUACUUUUAUACGAAGCAAAAAAGUAUUUACUUUUAGUUUUUCUCGUAGAGCACUCAUCCCUCAAUAAACAAUAGUAAUGAAUAAAUAUUUCUUUUUGUUAUAAAUAGAAUUAUUAAGCAAAAUUAAUCAUAUAUUUUUUUAAAAAAAUAAAUAUGAUAAAAAUGUAAUAAAAUGGUGAUUUCGUAAGUAUAUGACUAAUUAUUAAAAUGAUCUUGAAUAGAAUCAAUAUAAUCUAACUUCAAAAUUUUUUAGCUAAAGUAUAGUAUUUUACUAUUUGGUGCAUCACUGCAAUGACAUUGGGUUUAAUUAAUAUUUAUCACUAAUGAGUUUAUUUAACGAUUUUAUUAUUCGUAUUUAUAAUAUAUAAAUGGUAUUACUAUAUGAUGUUUUGUCUUCAUAAUUAAUUAUAUGAUUUUUUAUUUUUAUAGUAUUCAUAAUUUUCUAAUUUCUAAUAUUACUUUUAAAACUAUUUAUAUUUUGAUUGUUAAAAAGGAUAAAAAAAAAGAAAGUUUACGUCGUGAAAGAAGGCAAAUCCCAUUAAAAAAAAUGAAAGCAGAUGAACGAAUUACCUAUUGGACUCUAGAAUUAUAACCCAAAGUACAGAGGACGGAAUACGACGUACAGAAGAGCUUCCGUGUCAAAGUCUGAUCUAACUAAACCAGACUUGGAAUCCAAAGCAAAAGAGGCCGACUGAACACGAUCGCCGCACUCAGACACGAGAAGACGACGAAAGAAAUGAAAGCUUCCGUGCCAAAGCGGUCUGCCUUUCUACGCCGCAUCGGGAAGGGGAAACACAAAAAAAAGAUCAGGAAGAUGAUGCUGACACGAGAGGUGGAAGGAAGUUUACCGCUCUCCCAUAAUAGAGAUUCCUUUGGAUGCUUCUCCCGGUGGGUGUGUGGAGCACAGACACUGAAUGUGGUCCGUCGUUCCAAUCCCUCACGUAAUCGGGCCGUCUCCGGCUAUAAAUAACCCCCCCCGACCGAGCGAACGCUUCUAACCAGGAACGCAUACCACACCACAAUUUGUUGAGCCGUUGUGCUUGUUGCCUCUCGACAUGUCGACCUGCGGCAACUGCGACUGCGCUGACAAGAGCCAGUGCGU